UCUCCAGAGGCCAUUGCUUUUUUAAAAAAAAAUUCUUAGACUUAUUUUCAUCUUUUCAAAUGUUCACAGUGCAGAGUCUUCUUCGUUAGCUCCUUUGACCACCGUGUUGCUGCAUUUGCAGUUCCCCUGUUACUUAUUAACACUAUUUCUCAGAUUCUUCCUCUCUAAUGAGGCAGUAAUCAUAGUAAUGAUCUGUGUGGUAUUAGUAUGAAGCACAUAGUAAGUUCUCAAUCAAUGCUACCAUUGUUAUUUAUACCAUUAAUUAUUUUUUUUUAUUUCAAACCACCUUAGGCAAGAGUUGGAAGCUCUUAGCAGUAGUUAUGUUUACAUACUUAAAAAGAGAGGAAGUCUUAGUUAACGCCCUAGAGAAACCAAGGGAGAAACUUUGUUCAGGAUAGUACAAUACCGAAACUGCAGCUUAGAGUCCCACCCUCUCUGGGGAUGUGCCAAAGGUCACUUGGCACAUAAGUGAGCUCAGAGGAAUGCCCUCUCACUUUUGCCUUGAGGAUCGCCUGGAGGAGUUGUGCCUGGAUUGUGUGGGCAGAAUAGAAGAGUGGGAACCACAAUGAAUGGUCAUAUUUCUAAUCAUCCCAGUGGUUUUGGAAUGUACUCAUCUCAAAUGAAUGGCUACGGAUCAUCACCCUCCUUUUCCCAGAUGGACAGAGAACACAGUUCAAAAACAAGUGCAAAGGCCCUUUAUGAACAAAGGAAGAAUUAUGCACGGGACAGUGUCAGCAGUGUGUCAGAUAUAUCCCAGUACCGAGUUGAGCAUUUGACCACCUUUGUUCUGGACCGGAAAGAUGCUAUGAUAACGGUGGAUGAUGGAAUAAGGAAGCUGAAAUUACUUGAUGCCAAGGGCAAAGUAUGGACUCAAGACAUGAUUCUGCAAGUGGAUGACCGAGCUGUGAGCCUGAUUGAUUUAGAAUCAAAGAACGAAUUAGAGAAUUUUCCUUUAAACACGAUCCAGCACUGCCAAGCUGUGAUGCAUUCGUGCAACUAUGAUUCAAUUCUUGCUCUGGUGUGCAAAGAGCCAACCCAGAAUAAGCCAGACCUUCAUCUUUUCCAGUGUGAUGAAAUCAAGGCAAACCUGAUUAGUGAAGACAUUGAAAGUGCAGUCAGUGACAGUAAAGGAGGGAAGCAGAAAAGGCGGCCUGAGGCUCUGAGAAUGAUUUCCAAAGCAGACCCUGGCAUACCACCUCCACCCAGAGCCCCUGCCCCUGUUCCACCAGGGACUGUCACCCAGGUGGAUGUUAGAAGUCGGGUGGCAGCCUGGUCUGCAUGGGCAGCAGACCAGGGGGACUUUGAGAGGCCACGGCAGUAUCACGAACAGGAAGAGGCUCCUGAGAUGAUGGCUGCUCGAAUUGACAGGGAUGUGCACAUCUUAAACCAUAUUUUGGAUGACAUUGAAUUUUUUAUCACAAAACUCCAAAAAGCAGCUGAAGCAUUUUCUGAGCUUUCUAAAAGGAAGAAAAGCAAAAAAAGUAAAAGGAAAGGACCAGGAGAGGGUGUUUUAACACUGAGGGCAAAACCUCCACCUCCUGAUGAAUUUGUUGACUGUUUCCAGAAGUUUAAACAUGGAUUUAACCUUCUGGCCAAAUUGAAGUUUCACAUCCAGAACCCUAGUGCUGCAGAUUUGGUUCAUUUUUUGUUUACUCCAUUAAAUAUGGUGGUACAGGCAACAGGAGGCCCUGAACUAGCCAGAUCAGUACUCAGUCCCUUAUUGACGAAGGACACAAUUGAUUUCUUAAAUUAUACUGUCAAUAAUGAGGAACGGCAACUGUGGAUGUCAUUGGGAGAAACUUGGCUAAAAGUCAGAGCAGAGUGGCCAAAAGAACAGUUCAUUCCACCAUAUGUUCCGCGGUUCCGUACUGGCUGGGAGCCCCCCAUGCUGACCUUCAUGGGAGCACCAGUGGAGCAAGACCUGUAUCAGCUGGCGGAGUCGGUGGCCAACGUGGCAGAACAUCAGCGCAAACAAGACAUAAAAAGACUGUCCACAGAGCAUUCCAGCACACCAGAGUAUGCUUCAAAUGAUGGCUAUACAUACCAUAACAGCAACUACACAAGGGGGCCACCUCUGGACCAAGGGGAAGUCGCUGUUGCUUUUAAGCCAGCUCCCAAUCGCCAUGUAGACAGAAAUUAUGACCCACAGAAAACACAGCCCAAGAAAUGUGCCAAAUCCAAGUAUGACUUUGUGGCAAGGAACAACAGUGAGCUCUCAGUUCUAAAGGAUGAUAUUUUAGAGAUACUCGAUGAUAGGAAGCAAUGGUGGAAAGUUCGAAAUGCAAGCGGAGACUCUGGAUUUGUGCCAAACAACAUUCUUGAUAUCGUGAGACCCCCAGAUUCUGGAUUAGGGCGUGCUGACCCACCGUACACACACACAAUCCAGAAACAAAGGAUGGAGUAUGGGCCAAGACCAACUGAUACCCCUUCAGCCCCAUCGCCUCCUCCCACACCAGCUCCCGUUCCUGUUCCACUUCCGCCUUCCGUGCCAGCACCUGUUCCUGUGCCCAAGGUCCCAGCAAAUAUCACUCGUCAAAACAGCAGCUCCAGUGACAGCGGUGGCGGUAUCGUGAGAGACAACCAGAGAUACAAGCAACUCCCGGUGGACCGAAGGAAGUCUCAGAUGGAAGAGGUGCAGGACGAGCUCAUCCACAGGCUGACCAUUGGCCGGAGUGCCGCACAGAAGAAGUUCCACGUGCCACGGCAGAACAUGCCAGUUGUCAAUAUCACUUAUGACUCCACACCUGAGGAUGUGAAGACCUGGCUACAGUCAAAGGGGUUCAACCCAGUUACUGUCAAUAGUCUCGGAGUACUAAAUGGCGCACAGCUUUUCUCCCUGAAUAAAGAGGAACUGAGGACUGUGUGCCCUGAAGGGGCCAGAGUCUUUAGCCAAAUCACUGUGCAAAAAGCUGCGUUAGAGGACAACAAUGGCAGUUCUGAGUUGCAAGAAAUUAUGAGACGACGACAAGAAAAAAUCAGUGCUGCUGCUAGUGAUUCAGGAGUGGAGUCUUUUGAUGAAGGAAGCAGUCACUAAUUUGUUGUUUGUUUUUAAACUCCAUUAUUCUUGGCAUUAUUCCAACAUGCUUUGUUUUAAGAAGCCUUGAAGGGAAUGUCAGAUUUGUUUUUAUUGGUGUACAUAAUUUAUUGCCAUGAGAAAACAAUGCAUACCUAAAUAAGCAGAAGACUUCCUUUUGUGCCUGUCGUUUCUUAUUAAAGCUGAAAAAUUUUACACUGAAUUUCUUGACCUUGGGAAAUAUUUUUCCUACUUUACCAAGCUAUGGUUUCCUUUAUUACAUUAAUUACUUCAUCCCCAUUUGAUUGUGUAAGUAGGAAUUUUUGUUGACAGUGCUGAAUUUAUUCAUUGCAACAAAGCAAAGAUAAUAGCCUAUGAUUUAAGAUCUAAACAAUUUCAGUUUUCUGUGAUUAUGUAUGUCAUUUGGUGUGUAACUCACUUCACCUGACCUCUGCUUAUUUAGGUUUCUCUUCUGACAUACCCAAUGAUAGAGUAUUUACAUUUAUUUAAAGUUCUUAAUGCCAACAGUUUAAAAAAAAAAUUAAAACCUUUGAAUGAACUGUAAAGUAGGGCCAGGCCUCGGAUGUGCAAAUGCAAACCUACUGAACGUUCCCAAGACAUUGUCAUGGCUCUGUUGAUUGCGAUACCUUGCAUAGCUCGUGUUUUGAUUUAGUUUAUAUCCUACUUAUUAUGUAUACUGUGUUCUUCUAUAUGAGAAAGCACAAGUGGGAAAGAGGUCAUAUAUAUGUACAUACACUCUCACAAUCUAUCAGAGGAAGUAGCCCACAUCUGUGUGUGUUACAGUAUUUUGCUUAAUGAACGUCUCAGUUAUGAAUAUUGAUAUAAGUAGUUAAAAGGAUAUUGGGGCCAUUUAUGUAUUUAUCUGUGUCAAGUCUUUCCUAUAAUAAAAGAAAACAAUUAAUUUACAUGUACUUUAAUCCUGUGAAAGAUUCUAGAUAGAGAAAAGAAAGGUAGCUAAACUUCAACAAAUGUUAUUUUUGGGAACACAAUUUUUGUCCUUAAAUGUUAUAUUAUUUCACAUAUAUAAAGCAAAUGUUCUGUAAGAAUGUUGUAUAUUUUAACAUAAAUCCAUGUAGAGAGAUUAUCUAGAGUCAUUAAUUUUUCAUAGUGCCUUUUUCACAAGUCAGCUGGAAAGUCUGCAAUAAACAGUAUUUGCUAUAUGUUAA